AUGACCCACUGCCACGACGAACACCACGAUCACUCCCAUGGAGGCCACGAUGAGCACGACCACUCGGACGACAUCACGCCCGCCCUGCAGCACUCUCUCUACGGCCAUAUCAACUUUGACGAGGUGACGGCCCUGAACGAGUCGCAGAUCGGCAGUGCACGCGCCAUCGUCAAGAAGACGUGGGCAGAGAGGCUCGAGCCGGAGCCCGAGGCCGUGAGCGAUGCCGACGAGCAGCUGAUGAUUAAUGUUCCCUUCACCGGCCAGGUCAAGCUGCACGCCCUCCUCCUCCGCACCUCCGAUUCCCCCGCUGCCCCGCGCACCCUCAAGCUCUUCGCCAACCGCGACGACCUCGACUUCGCCUCCGCCGAGGACGCCCAGGCCACCCAGGAGUUUGAGCUCUCACGCACCUCCCAGGUCCAGGAGAUCCCCGUCAAGCGCGCCCUCUUCGGCCGCGUCCAGCGCCUAACUCUGUUCUUCGUCGACAACUUUGGCGACGGCGAAGAGGACGAGACGCGCGUCGGGUACCUCGGCUUCAAGGGCGAGUGGAUGCAGCUCGGCCGCGCGCCCGCCAACAUCCUCUAUGAGGCGGCGGCGAACCCGAGCGACCACAAGAUCAAAGGCACGGGGAUCAAUGAGGUUGGCGGGGGCAUCGGGGGAGGCCAGUGA